GUGGCGGCUUCAGUCGAAACUAGGGUUUCGCGUGAGGAGAAGAAGUGAAAGCAAAACACAUACAAACGCAGUCACCUUCUCUGUCGUCUCUUCCUCUGUCAAUCUCAUCGCAACCAUGAUCAUAUCAGAGAAGAAUCGCCGUGAGAUCUCCAAGUACCUCUUCAAAGAGGGUGUUUUGUUUGCUAAAAAGGAUUUCAAUUUGCCACAACAUCCUUUGAUCGAGAGUGUCCCGAAUCUGCAAGUUAUCAAGUUGAUGCAGAGUUUCAAAUCUAAGGAAUAUGUUCGUGAGACCUUUGCCUGGAUGCAUUACUACUGGUUCCUCACAAAUGAAGGCAUUGACUUCCUCAGGACUUACCUCAAUCUCCCAUCUGAGAUUGUUCCUGCUACUUUGAAGAAGCAACAGAAGCCUCUUGGUCGACCUAUGGGAGGCCCACAUGGUGACCGUCCCCGUGGCCCACCUCGUGAUGGAGAGAGGAGGUCUGGUGAUAGAGAGGGAUACCGUGGAGGUCCUAGAUCAGGUGGAGAGUAUGGUGACAAGAGUGGAGCUCCUGCUGAUUACCAGCCAGCCUUCAGGGCACCUUCUGGUGGAGCUAGACAAGGGUUUGGUCGUGGAUCCGGUGGUUUUGGUGGUGGUGCUGGUCCAGCUGCUGGAUCUGAUCUUCCUUGAAAGGGAAUUUAUGAUCCUUUCUUGUUUCUUUUUGGUCUUAAUUAAAGGUUACAUAGUACCUUUGAUCUGAGAACGAAUGUGUCUUUGGGAACUUUGUUUCUUUCUUAAAACCAUUUUCACAAUAUGAUUGUUUUUUACGUUAGAAUUUUAUGAAGAAAUGUUGGAUCGUGUCAUGAAUCUUUUACAUUCCCUGCCA